AAUAGAGCAGUCAGACACACGCCAAACACACAACAUCCUCCUUCAUCCUCAACAACACAAUCUCAGCUGAAUCAUGAGGGUGGUGAACCUGGGUCCGGAUCCCUCUCUGGCAUAUCGCCCCGAAUGUCAGGAGAAAGACAAAUCAGAAUUCAGAAACUUUGAGAGUGGAGCUCUCUUUGACCGUGUGUUUAAUACAUACAAGCUGAUGCACACGCACCAAACACUGGACUUUGUCAAACAGAAGCACCAGGAAUGGGCGAACUGCAAUCACUUUAGCAUGACCAUGAUGGAGAACAUCGAUGCCCUGGAUGAGCUUGUUGAUGAAUCCGACCCUGACGUUGACUUCCCAAACUCUUUCCAUGCAUUCCAGACCGCCGAGGGAAUCCGCAGGGAGCAUCCUGAUAAAGACUGGUUUCAGCUAGUAGGUCUGAUCCAUGAUGUUGGAAAAAUCAUGGCCUUGUAUGGGGAGCCACAGUGGGCUGUAGUUGGAGACACAUUUCCAGUGGGAUGCAAGUUUCAGAAUUCAAUAGUGUUUAGAAACUCAUCAUUUGAAGCCAAUCCAGAUGAGAAGAACCCUACACUCAACACAGAGUUUGGGAUUUAUGAGCCACAAUGUGGACUUGAUAAUAUCCUGAUGUCUUGGGGACAUGAUGAGUAUCUAUACCGGGUAAUGAAGUUCAACAAAUGCACCAUCCCUGAGGAGGGUCUUUACAUGAUCCGCUUCCACUCCUUCUACCCCUGGCAUUCCAACGGAGACUACAUGCACUUAUGCAACGAGAAAGACCUGCAGAUGCUACCCUGGGUCAAAGAGUUUAACAAGUUUGAUUUGUACACAAAGAGCACUGAACUACCGGACGUGGAGAGUCUAAGGUCGUAUUAUCAGUCUCUCAUUGAUAAGUACUGCCCCGGGAUACUGCACUGGUGAAUGUCAACUAAUUCUACGAAUCUGACCCAUUUCAGCGAGAUUCACAAACAUGAAUGACACAUCAAAUCAUGUAUACUUAUGGUAUUUGCUCUGUGGGCAAUAGAAAUUAGUUAAAAAAACAUAAGCCAAUUAAAAACCACCGACAUCUUGGCACUUUGGAAUGUUCUUCAGAGAAAUAAAAUAAAAUAAGUCUUAAUUUCUUGAUAUAAAAUAAACAGUGGAAAUAAAUUCAUAUAACCUGUCCACAAAUCUAUCCCAUUUCAGUCAGACACUCAGAAAAGAAUGACACCUCAAAUCAUGUAUAGUUAUAGUUUUUGCUCUGUGUGUAUUAAAAAUAGGUGAACAAAAAAAACUUUUACCAAUUACAAAUCACUGACAUCUUGGCACUCUGGUAUUUUCUUAAAAUAAAUAAAAUAAAAUAAAAUAAAAUAAAAUAAAAUAAAAUAAAAUAAAAGUCUUAAUUUCUCUAUAUAAAAUAAACUGUGAAAAUAAAUUUAUAUAAUCUGUCCACAAAUCUGUCCCAUUUCAGUCAGACACUUAAACAUGAAUGACACCUCAAAUCACCUAUAGUUAUAGUUUUUGCUUUGGGGGCAAUAAAAAUGGGUAAACAAAACAAAACAAAACAAAACAAAAAACCUACCAAUUACAAACCACUGAAAUCUUGGCACUUUGGUAUUUUCUUAAAAUAAAAUAAAGUAAAAUAAAAUAAAAUAAAAUAAAAUAGUUUUUACUCUGUGGGCAAUAAAAAUGGCUGGACGACAAAAAAAAAAAAAA